UCAGUCUGCUGGCAAGAUAGUAUUCUGAUAACGUUUGACAUGGGAGUCAUGCCUUUGCACAGUGUGGGUGGAAUAUUUGUAUUCUUUAGCUCGUUUCUAAUUUUCCUUACUCCAAACUGUAAUGCGGGAAAUAUUUUGGUGUAUCCGCUGGAUGGCAGCCACUGGAUCAAUAUGGAAAUUCUACUAAAAGAACUUCAUACCAAGGGUCACAACAUCAGUGUGAUCAGGGGUUCUACCAGCUGGUAUAUCCCAGAAAAAUCCCCCCUCUACACAUCCAUCACAGUUGAAAUGGACAGGGAUGUAAAGGAUUUCUUUGGGGAGUUCAUACAAGACCAAAUGAAGGUGCACCGAGAAGGGCCUUCACUACUUACAUUUUUUAAGCUCACGAAGAACUUUUUAUCCUUCAUUGCACAGGCCCAUACCCUUUGGUCUGAUGCUGCAUCACAAAUCUUUGAAAAUCCAGAGUUGAUAAAAAGAUUUAUAGAAUCACGGUAUGAUCUGGUUAUUACUGAUCCAGGAAUAGGACCAGGUGUUGUGUUAGCUAAAUAUCUGAAACUGCCAUUGGUACUCAAUGUUCGCUGGAUUACCAGUGGAGAAGGUCACUUUGUGAUGGCUCCCUCACCACUCUCUUAUAUCCCAGUGAUUCCAGGAUCUGGAUUAACAGACAAAAUGGAUUUCAUCCAGAGAAUUAAGAAUAUCUUUUUCUAUAGCCUGAUAUGGUUCCAGGAGAGAUUCAUGGUAGGGGGUCAAUAUGAAGCCAUGUGUGAUAAAUACAUUGAGGGGGGAUGUGACAUUGUUUCACUGCUUCAAGAUGCCGACAUUUGGCUGUUCAGGUCAGAUUUUGUAUUUGACUUUCCUCGGCCAACAAUGCCAAAUGUUGUCUACAUUGGAGGGUUCCAGUGUAAACCUGCACAGCCUCUACCAGCGGACCUGGAGGAUUUUGUUCAGAGUGCUGGGGAGCAUGGAGUCAUUGUCAUGACUCUGGGAACUUUGGUCAAUGCCUUACCAGAAGAGGUCGUGAACGAAAUUGCCAGUGUCUUUGCUAAGAUGCCCCAAAAGGUGAUUUGGAAGCACAGAGGAAAGCGUCCCUCUACUCUGGGCAACAACACUCUAAUGAUGGACUGGAUGCCACAGAAAGAUCUACUUGGCCACCCACAAAUAAAAGCCUUCAUAGCUCAUGGAGGAACAAAUGGAGUCCAGGAAGCCAUUUACUAUGGAGUCCCUGUCCUUGGCAUACCCUUGUUUUUUGACCAGUAUGACAACCUCCUGCGUUUGCAGGAAAGAGGAGGAGCAAAGAUUAUUCAGCUUCAUGAAAUUAAUGGUCACAGCUUUGAGAAAGGUAUUAGAGAAGUGCUGUAUAAAGACAGCUACAGGCAGAAUAUUCAGAGACUGUCACGUUUACACCAAGAUCAGCCAAUGCCACCCAUGGAUCAGGCCUCUUUUUGGAUAGAGUACGUGAUACGCCACAAAGGGGCUCCUCACCUCCGCACAGAGGCUUACAGGAUGCCCUGGUACUCAUAUCAUUGCUUAGAUGUAUUACUCUUUUUGAUGACUUCUGUAGCUGUGGUGCUCUACUCUGUUUUUGCUGUCUUUAGAUUUUUCUUCUGCAGAAGAGGAUUGAAUUGAAAACUGAAAUAAAAUUGACUUAAAAUGAUUAAAUUUAAUUAUUUGCCUUUGUAAAGCAUAAUUAUGAUUUUAAGGUAUCUUCUGCAGUGCUCUGUGGAAGAAUUCCCAUCUCUUAAAGUUGCAUGUAUUGCAAACACCAUUAUGAAUGUAUUUAAUUAGGCGUUAGUGAUUUCUUUUUCAAGUAAAUAUUUGAAAAGCGUAGUGAGUAUUUCUUUUCAUUGCUCCAGAGUCAUUAUUUUGCAGAGUGUAAUUACAAUUGUACAUGUUUUGCAGGAUGCCUCUACUAGAUGUGUACAUUCUAUAGAUGUGUUAUAUCUCCACUACUUUUGUUCUUUCUUUUAGGUAACAUAGUUCAACUGUUGUCAUGGAUGAUAAACAAUACCUUUAAAGAUAAAUAUUCAAGUUUAACAAUUCUUUAAACAAUUGUGGUCCGGACUUUGACUAGGUCAUUCUAACAUGUUGAUAUGGUCAGAUUUGUAGGGAGGUUGCCCUACUGACAAAGAUGCAAGCUGAACUGCGAAUCUUUCAAGCUCCUCCAGAGUUACCAUGGAUAUUUUAGAAACUUCUCUGAUAAAUACUCCACUUCACCACCUGUUUGUUUAAGGGGACUUAAAUGUUACAAAUUUACAUUUGUACUAUGCUCUUUUCAUGGAUUAAACAAUGCUAUGUAAGAAAAAUACAUUAAUCUGAAUAAACUAAAGAAAUAUGAAUACUC